AAGCGCUGCAUCCCACCCCGUCCUUCUUCACUGCUGAAUUGGUGAGCCGUUAAACCGCUGCUUUCAAUGGUUUUCAGAUCGACGUGCAGCUGAACAUCAUGUCCUUCCUCUCGCCCCAAGAUUUGUGCCGCUUAGGAAGCACGAGUUGUUACUGGAGGGCAGCUGUGCAAGACCCGUUGUUGUGGAGGUAUUUUCUCCUGCGGGAUCUCCCCUCUUGGACAUCUGUUGAUUGGAAAUCACUUCCAGAUGAGGAGAUUUUUAAUAAAGCCUUUUCAGAGGUCAGCGACAAUGCACUGUAUGAUUACAUGGCAGUAUAUAAAAGGAGCUGUCCUCAGGGUAGAAGAAGUUUGAAAUCGAGCCGCCCCCGGUAUGGGGCUGUGACUUCCUUUUUGCAAUCACUGGUCACUCAGGCAGAACCUCGCUUUGCUAUGUUUGGGCCAGGUUUGGAAGAGCUGGACAACUCUUUAGUACAAAAGAUGAUGACAUGCCCAGAAAUUCUGCUGGUAGCUGGCCUACCUCAUAGACAAAUUCAUGGAAUUGGAUCAGGAGUCAGUUUUCAGUUUAGCAACAAUCAAAAAUUCAAUAUUGUGACACUGUAUUCCACCACAAGUGUGGAAAGGAGGAGAGCAAGGGAGGAGCAAGCUGUUGCUGUGAAUAAGAUGUUUUACCAAGAGAACAACACAGCAGGGAAUCAGCAAGCCAUGCACUACAGUGUAAUAGCUCAAGUGAGGAAGGUGUGCGAAGUAGUUGAUGGAUUCAUUUAUGUUGCUAAUGCAGAAGCUCACAGAGAGCAUGAUCGUCAGGAGGAGCUGGCUCGUAUUUUGGCAAUGAUUGAUCCAGCUCUUGGGCCUCCGAACAGACCUCUGUUGGUUUUGUCCUGCGUGUCUCAUGUUGGUGUGAAAAGAAUUCCAUGUGUUUAUGUGGCACAUCAGUUGCAACUAAAUCUGCUGCAUCAGCCCUGGAUGAUGCAGGACACUGUAGCUGCAACUUUAGAUGGAUUGCUAAAUGGAAUUGAGUGGCUCUUGGAAGAAGCAAAUUGUAAAAGUGCUUAGGAAUAGAAUUAGGCAUUAUUGCACUGUAUAAACCCUUUUCCAUUUCAGUUGACGUAAGAAUCUUGUUCCUCUUGCCAGAGUACUGUGAGAAGAGAAAAUUGAAGGGCAAAACUACAUAUAUUUCACUGCACAUACUUAAAUCCUUAACAUUUUUAUAACUACAGUCCUUAAUUAGAAGUACAAGUAGGAUUGCCUGGAUUCCAGCUGCAAUGAAGAAGUGAUUUGGAGGGACAAUCUGAAUGUUAUGUUGUUUUUCUCUUCUUUCAACCAGAGGCCUUUAGAGUUCAAUCUUUUACAAGAUAUCUGAUGGUCUAAUAUCUUCUGUAAAAAUAUAUGUAACACUACAUUAGUUAAUCAGCAGAGCCCUAUCACACAUUUAGUAAAUAUAUUGAGUGGAGAUCUUUACAGGGACACUUCCUGACCAAAGAAAACAUACUGUAGGUUGUGCGGUAGGAGAUUGACACACAGUAAAUCUUUAUUUCAGAAAAGUGAAUUCUCCUGUAUUUUUCUAGAAAAAAAUGCCUAUACAAAAAAUAGUGGGGGGAUUUUCAGGCCAGACUGAAUUUCUUAAAUGCAAAUACUGCUGCAUAUAAAUUGUUUCUUUGUUGUGAUCUGACUUAUUAACCAGCCACAACAGACUGCAGCAUCUUUUGCUUUCUGUUGCACUGAAAUCAUUAGCUUGAAUUGGAUACGCCUCUGAUACCAUGAACAAAUGUUUAAUAGGAUCAUUCAAGACGUUAUUACAUGUAUAGACUAUCAAGUUUUCCAAAUAGUUGUGGCCAUUUGCAUAUGUGUUGAAAUUUUCUACACAGUUGCAAAUAGUUUUAUGAAAUGCAAAGCAACAUUUCAAGGCUGGAACUGUCUUUUCCAUAUUGACGUCUUUGGGGAUAGUCGUAGUCUUCCACCUUUUCAUGUUUUUAUUAUUGGGUUAAUGUUCUGAAACUUUAUUUGGAUUUAUUGCCUGGGCAUUUAUUUGCUUUAUUCUGGGCUUUUUUUUUCUUUUCUCCUAUCUUCAUGGAAAUUCAAGUGUCUCACAAUUUUUUCUCAGUACCUAGAUAAUGAUUGCAUGGCACACUUACAGCUGUAACUGCCCUCAGUCUGGGAUACUUGAUCAACACAGCUUGUCAGAAACAUUCCACUUGAAAAGAUGUUGGGGAUUCUUUUAAUGAACUAGAAAGUAUUUCUCUUUCUUUUCAUCCUUGUGUGCAAUUAAUUCAUUUUUCUAGAUUUUAUGUGUCCUAAUCAGGAACACAUGGGAAUUUUAAGGGAAAAACCAAAGGAAUAUACAGAAUGAAAAUUUUGUGGUUUAUCCUUUUUCUUUCUUCUUUCCUUUUUUGACAGCGUAUGUAUGUUUUGCCCUUUAAAAUGGAGCAGACACAAUGGAUUUAUGAGUGUUUGGAGUAAAAUUCCAUACUUUGUGACUGGCUGUAUGUGAUUUUCCUCCUAAUCACAUGAAUUUUAUAGUGGUCUAUAUGUAGGGGAUUGAAUACAGCAGUCUGAUUAUGUGUUGGCUACUGCAAAUAUGGGAGGGUUAUGGAAGAUCCUCUUUCUACUUUCUUUAUGAGGAAUAAAUGAUUUUUAAAGAAUGGUA